CACAAACUAAUUCUCUACCUGGGACAAUCUUGGAUGGAUUCUUUUGGAGGUCUCAGCGGGGAAGGGGAAUGGGAUUUGUGCAGCUCAAUUUUAUCAAUGGAGGAGCUUGAUUUCACGCCACUUAUUCCUCCGCCCACGGCGGAGAUGCCCGAUUGGUUCUGUCAUUUGGAUUCUUUCACGCCCAAUUUGCCUUCUUGUGGCAAUGCUAUCGAUCAGUUCCCCUGUAUUGCUGCUGCUGAUCAUUAUAUGCCCAUGUCUAAUGCUGCCAUUGAUGAGAACAAGAUGGACUCCAUUUUCUCAGCCUGUACUGACGUUUUGCUGCAAGAAAUCUCUGUUUUUUCGGGUGAAGAUAGAUAUCUAAACAUGGAUGUUCAAACCCAGAUAGGGAAUGAUCAUAAUGCUACCAAUUCUGCUAAGGCAUUCCAUCACAAAAGGAAAUCCAUUGUCGUCGCUGAUGAUGAUCAUCAUCAUCACAACAAUCUCAACAACCCUACUAAGAAAAUUCGUACUUCAAACAAUAAAAUUAGGAAAGCUACACAGAAUAGCAAUAAAAAAUUGAGCACUCGGCGGCGCAAAUGUGAAGAGGAUCAGGAAAAUGGAGGGCCUGAUAUGAACAGCUGCUGCAGCGCUAACUCAUCAGAGGAUGACAGCGCUUCACAAGAUACUAAUGGUGGUGGUGCUGUCUUAGAGGGCGAGGCAUCGCCGCCAAAAGCCAAAACCAGAGCCACCAGAGGCUCUGCUACUGAUCCACAAAGCCUUUAUGCAAGGAAGAGAAGAGAGAGAAUCAAUGAGCGGCUUAGAAUUCUGCAGAAACUUGUCCCGAAUGGAACAAAGGUUGACAUUAGCACAAUGCUUGAGGAAGCAGUUCAUUACGUGAAAUUUCUGCAGCUUCAGAUAAAGCUUUUGAGCUCUGAUGAGAUGUGGAUGUAUGCUCCAAUUGCUUACAAUGGGAUGGAUAUUGGUCUGCACCAGAAGCUUCCUUCUUUUUUGUGA